UUCAGUGUUGCGUUUAUAUCCUACGCAAUUUUUGUGGCACGUAAGUAAUAAAGGUGUGCCAUGGCUCGUAACAGCAAUGAAAACAAAUCCGACAACAUUGAUCCAGCCUCCGUGGCCUCUGACGUAAAGAACACCUUCAAACAGGACGUCAUAAAGGAGCUUCUGAACAGCUCUUUCGAGGACAACAAGACGAAGCUGGGCAACCAUGCGUUGUCCCUGGUUGUGGAAGUUGCCAAAUGCCUGGUUACGGAGACUUGUCUCCGUGCCUCGAGCCAGGCACUACGAGAGUCCUGUGACAAAGUUGACAUUGACCAUGUUGAGAAAUGCCUACCGCAGCUGAUGCUGGACUUCCCUUAAACAAGCCCAAACCCUCAAGAAACUUCCAACCUAAUUUUCAGUUGUGACUCAAGCAAGGCCUUAUCAAGAUAAUAAUUUAUAAUCGCUACAACUUCCGAUCUGCGGGUCCGAC